AUGGAGGAAGAAAAAUAUGACAUUCUAGAUUCUAUACCUGACUUGGACAACUUAAAAUCUUUUACUGAUAGGUACUUCAGUAAGAGGUACAUUAUAGAUUUUAAUCAAAUAAAGAACAAUGAUAUUAUGAUCAUGUUCCAUUCUAACAGGAUAGCACUUCUGAGUUUAGCUCCGAGUCAUUUUUUUUUUAAGAAGCAGGAAGAGUACAAAAUUAACUUCUCUGCUGGAAAAAUUGAUAGAUUGAAUAAUGCAGUAAAAGGUAAAAGCAAGAAAGGUGGUCAGUACUUAGUACCUAAUUCAGUGAUUUGUAAAGUAGAGUAUGCAGACGGUACAAGCUUUGACAUACCUUGUGGUAUGAAAGGUACUCUAAUUGAAGUCAAUGAAGAAUUAAUAGAACAUCCAGAACUAUUGAAAGACAUGCCCGAUGCUGAUGGUUUUAUUGCUGUUAUUUUAUCAAGUAUUGCUAUCUCUGAAGCAACUAAGAAUGAACUGUUAACACAUGAAGAAUAUUUAGAAGCUUUAAAAAGUUGUGAAUCCAGUCAUGUUGAAUAG